UCAACUUGCCACAGCACGGUGAAGCUGAGGGUUGUUCUUCUGAUGGCUGUCUUCCGCAUAGCGUGAAUUCAACCUCUUCUCUUUAAUUAGCAUCUGACGGUAGCUUGUAUUCCAUCUGAUUCUGCUUUGUAGUUUUUGUUUUGUAGUCUUAUCGCAAGGUUAAAUUCAUUGGCUAACGUUUAGUUAGCUAGCUGGCUAACGUUUACAGGAGUUUCCACUUGUUGCUAGCCAGGAGGAGCAUCGCCCACAACAAUGCCAGGAUACCCUUGGUUCUCGUGGUUUCCUUGACAGAUAUCUGUUUCCUUAUGUGUGGUCAAAACAAUGGUGACACGGCUCCCAUGUGUGGCUGUUGUGACAGAGUUAUCAAUUGUAAAAAAAAAGAAAAAAGUUUACAGGCAUCCCAUUUUCGUUCUUAAUCUGAUUAACGGUACACUUAACAGCGUUUUCCGCUGAUGAAAGUAGUGCUGCGCCAUACUUUGCGAAGUCAGCCGUUUACGGUGUCCGCUCCUCGUCUCAAAGUAUGGAUAUAUCCAGCGACUCUGACUCAUACGGCAGGACCCCGGACCACCGGUCACGGCGGCGUGAAGCCCACCGCAGACCUGGCCGGGAGAGGGCCAGAGGCAACGGGAGAGAAAUCGACGGGCGAACCGUAGACAUCUCCGAGAAAAUCAGCACUCUUGCAAACACCUUACAGGACACCAGCAGGAACUUGACCAAAGUAGACAAGAUGCUGGGUCAGUACAGGGAGCACACAGACGACCAGGCUGAAGCCAUGGCCCUGCUUAGGGAGAACCUAGAGGAGUCAAUCAGCCAGCUGCAGACACAGAGGCGAUCCAACGGGGUUCGGAGCUCCUCAGCCUCCACCCUGCAUACCAGCGACCUGGAAGCUUUCUCAGGAUCAGAAGGCCAGCGUUUCUACCCCACUUCUCCACUUAAGGAUUACACGAGCCCUCCAGGAAGGAGGAGGAGGUCUCAAUCUGCCAAUGUUCGCUUCAAGGAUACCAGCCUGGAAGGAGACGGUAUUCAUACCCUGCACCAGUCCUUGAGGGAUCUGCGUUGUGACCAGCAGAGACUGUCUGAUGACCUGGAUAGAGAAAUCCUCCGGAGGAACCGGGCUGAUAUUGACACCAGGCGGGCGAUGGAAAGCCUCACAGAGCACAUGACAGCUUCCCUGAGACAGGACUCAGUGUCGUCUCGUGUGGAGCGGCGUCUGCAUGAGCUGGAGAGAGAGAUGCACGGCGAGCAGAGGAGCACGGGCGGAGAGAGGAGGCCGGAGCAGCGGGCGGCCGUGUCUGACGAGCCGCAGGAGACUUUAGGGAGAUGCCAAAUUGGAGCCAGUGAAAGAGAGGAGAAGAUGGCAGCCAGGCUGCUCAAAGCAGACAGGGAGAAAUCCAAGAUGGGGCAGGAACUAGAGAGAGCCAGAAGAUUGCUGGAACAGUCAGAAGAUAGCAGAGAGUCCCUCGUUCAACAGGUGGAGGACAUGCGCUGCGAGCUGCAAAGGACAAGGGAGGAGAAGACAGGGCAUGAGAGGGCACGGCUGGAGACUUCUCGGCCCAGUGCUCAGCCACAUGGCAGCUAUGCUGACAAGGAUGGUGGAAGAGGUGGGCUGCAAGGGCCAGAUCGCUCAGACCUGGAAAAGGAAGUGGCAGAACUGCGUGUUCAGCUGUGCAAAGCCUCGGUCCGUGGUGAAGUCGAAGAACUGAAGAGGGCUCUGGACUGUAAAGAGAGGGAGAGGGUCCAGCUCAGCUUACAGUUGAAGGAAUUAUCGUCAGACCUGGCGGUGCGAGAGCAACAGCAGCAGCGAAUGCUGGAACAGCUGAGGGACAUACAGAGCCGAGGGCAAGCAGAGAGGAGAGAGACGGAGGCAUUACUCCUCGAGAGCACAAGGAGCAGAGAUGAAUUGAAGACCAGAGCCCAAGAGGCUGUGCGCCAGUGGAGGGCAAAGUGCAGGAGACUGCAGAAGGAGCUGGAGGAGGCGAGGGCUCAGGCUCAAUUUCAUACUGACAAGGCCUCACAGGCAGCCAGGGAAAAGGGAAACUCUCAAGCCCAGCUGAAGGCGCUGAGCCAGCAGACUGAAGCAGCCCGCAGGGAGCUCGCUGAAAUCCUAGGCCGCUUGGCCCAACGUGAAGAGGAGCUCCACCGCAAGGACGUGGAGCUGUCGGAGACACACCAGCGCCAGUUGUCACUGCAGCAGGAAAUCCGGGAGGUGAGGGAGGCCUCAGCCACCCUCGAGGAAGAGACUCGGCGUCAGGCCGCCGUCCGAGCAAGACUGAAAGAAGAGAACCAGAGGCUGCAAGAACAAGCUGACACCCAAGCUCGCCGUUUUCAGAGGGACCAGGACGCACAUGCUGAGCUCCAGGCUGCCCUGAAGCAGAUGACUGCAGCCCACGCCCAGCUCACCCAGCGGUUGUCUGAAGAGGAGAACUGCAGGAAGGAGCUCCAAAAGAGCACAUCAGAGCUUCAGGCCAAGCUGACAGCGCUACAGGAAGAACGGACUGUGCUCAGCAAGCAGCUGCAGCUCGAGAGAGAGGUGCAUCAGAAGGAGCUAGACGGCUUGAAGGCCACAAUGGAGGACAGCAAUGCAAAGAAGGCUCGUGAAGUGCAGGACAUGCUACAGGUCUGCUGUCAGGAGCGAGACGAAAUACAGGCACAAAUGAGAGAGCUGAAGGCAGAUGCAGCAUCAGACAAAGAGCUGUGUGGGGCGCUGCGCAUCAAGUUGGACAGGAUGAAGGAUGAAUGUGAUAAGCUGGCAGCACAGCUGAGCACAAAAGAGGAGGCGCAUGCACUUCUCCACAGAAAAUACCAGCUACUCAAACAGGAAGUGGAAGACAAAGUCAGGUCAGCCGAGCGGAGACGUGUUUCGGAGUCGGAACUUGUUAAGUUGGAGCAGAAGGUAUUGGAAAUGGAAUCGGAGCAAGAGGCAGUCCUUACAUCUUUGGGCGAGGAACUAGACGCAGCCUGUCGCAGCCUGGCUAGGAACGGCGAAGACAAGCUCCAGGCAAUUUCUCAGAGACCUGAACUGGUGAAGGACUCGCACCGCUGGCUGGCUGAGACUAAGACCAAGCUGCGCUGGCUGUGUGAGGAGGUGCGUGAGCGCGACACUAGAGAACAGCGCCUGAGGAGGCAACAUCAGCAGACCAGGGAUCAGUUGAAGACCCUCAGGCAAAGCUGCGACUCAGAGCAGAGAGCUCUCCUGCAGCGCCUGGACCAACAGGAGAAGCUGAUGCACUCUCUCAGCACUGAAAAGAAAGAGCUGCUGGAGAGAAGUCGCAAGAAAGAGGAGGAAAUGAGAAGCCUUCAGGACCGUGUUUUGGAUCUGGAGAUGAAUACAAGAGUAGCCCUGGAUCAUUUGGAGUCUAUUCCAGGAAAACAGCUUCUUAUGGAGAACUUCAAAGAUUUGGAGGACUCACAGCAGCAGAGGGAGGUGGUAGAGGAGCGCUACGCCAAAUACAAAAAGAUCGUCUGGGACCUGCAGCACCAGCUGGAUGAGUCCAAACGCAGGAUCCAAGAGUACAGACACGAGAAGUUGGAUGCCACUUCCAGGAGCCUCAAACUGGCUGCUCUUUCUUCCACUAUCAAAGGCUCCAGCACGUUCCUUAGCAGCUCGCUGAGAUCUGACACACUGUCGCCUCUCAAACGCCUGACCACUUCAGACCUGGACAACUCCAGAGUCGACGGGGCCAAACCUCUCGCAGAUUAGUUCAACCUUUAGCAAACCUUUAUCUAUCUCUACAAACACACACACACCGACUCUACCUGCCUGGUGCUCAUCCAGAGCGAAACGUAGUGAGAGGCCUUGCAGUCGACGCUAAUCCUCCACGACUACCUCAGCCAGGCAGUCGGCGAAUGUGCUCGGGACCGAGACUGUGACAUUUUAUUAGAGCGAAACUUUAAGAAACACUUUAAAACAUGAGCUAAAUAUCUGCACGCUGUAAAGAGUUUAACUGUUAUUUAUAAUCAUGAAUGUAUUUCAAAGCAAAAUGGUUUCACUGUUCCAUGUUCUUGUCUUGUUCUAGAUAUGGUUAAAUGUCUACGUUCUGCUCUUAUCAUCAUGUGUUUCUGCUAAAAGACAAACUCCAUAAAUGAACUCGCAGUGCCUUCUGAACAAUAUGCAGUUUUUUAAAACUAGCGCAAUGUGACAAAUCUUUUUGUGUGUGAGUUUCCAUCCAACUCUUGAUGAAUGAGAAACUCUUUCUAUGUUUUGUAUACUGCAGUAUUUAUAUUUGUAAGAAAGAAGGAAACGAGCACAGUUAGAUGGUUAUUUUUUUCAUGAAAUAUGAAGGAAGUGUAUGCACUAUGAAUAAAUCUGCAUGGAGCUAAAUGUCUAGUCCUCUAUGCACACUUGAUGUCCCCUUCAUUUCAGACUGAAGUGUUUGCUUUGCAGCAGCUGAGAGACUCCAGCUACUCCCAGCGGUAUCUUUUGCUUUCAGCUGAAAUCCUUCAGAGGGACAACCUAAAGCCACACACGAGAGGAACGUCCUUUUAAUUUACUGCUCGGCUGUUAAGGCAGAAAUACAGUCCCCGGUGCGUGAAUAUUAAAAAAUGUUUACAUAAUCUUUGUUUGGACUUUCUGUGUUUUGCACGGGUUGGGUUGUGUACAGCAUAAAACCAGAUGUCACUGGAUUCUGGCAGAUCAGGGAAGCUCAAACUGAUGCAAAGGUCAAAGAUUCCUCCGUAUAUAAGUGAAUACAUUAAAUACUGUUAAAUUUUUUUUUCAUCACUACUGAUUUGAUAAAACAUUGCAAAUACAAAAGACAUUUUUUAUCGGCCUGUCACACUUCUGUCAUUAUCUGCCUGUAUUAUGUCAUUUAUUCCU